AUGGAUUCCACGGCGGCGAGCGCGAAACGCGCGAGGCGAGCGCCACCGGCUGCCGGUGACGCUGACCGGAUCAGCGGCCUCGACGACGACGUGCUCCUCCGCGUCCUCGAGCUAGUGGGCGACGCGAGGGACGCGGUGCGCACGGGCGCGCUCUCGCGGAGGUGGCUCGGCCUCUGGGCGCGCGCCCCCGUGCUCCGCUUCGCCUCCUCCGGGCCGGUGCCCACGGCGGCCGGCGGCGGCGAGGAACACCGCGCCGCCUUGGAGCGGUACGUCUCCUUCGUGAACGGCGUCCUUGCCCGGCGUGCCCGAUCCGGCUGCGCCGUCGAGUGCCUGGCGAUCUCGUACACCAAGACGGACGCUGCGCGCAACCCGGAACGGUUGCUGCAGGCGGCGUACGUCGACGCCGCACAAGGCUGGAUCCGGUACGCUUUUGAGCACGGCGUCAAGUCUUUUGCUGUGGACCUGCGCGUGCCUCCAAAACUUGAUGAGGACGGGAACGAGCCUGCGAGGUUGGAGACCAUGCGCUUGGCACUAGGCGGCGCAGGACUCCAGCUCCCUACCGCCAUGAAAUUUGCAUCGCUCACGGAUCUCUCGCUCGAAAGGAUCGAGAUCGCACGCGGCGGCGCUCACCUCCUUGGCCGCCUCGUGUCGCCGGCGAACUGCCCGCGCCUGCAGAAGCUGCGCAUGAGCAAGCUUCGCCUCCCUUCUCCCGAUGAAGGGAUGCAGAUCGACGCCGAUGUGCUUUCGGAGCUCUGGGUGGAGGGUGUCAACGUGAGGUCGCUGGAAUUGAGGACUCCUAGCCUCCGGGUCCUGCACAUAGACAUCUGCAGCCACGAGCAGCUUAGGGUAUCGGCUCCAAGGCUGGAAGAAGCCACAUUCUUCCAACGAAGCUGUCCGCCUCCGAGGCUGGAGGUGGAUGGUGACUUGGCGCACGUACGAAGCCUCAAGCUCUAUCUGAUGGCACAUCGUCCCCCUGAUUCUUAUUCUGAUUCUGACUCUGACUCUGACUCUAACUCUGAUUCUGACGAGGCCGAGAACGAUACUAACACACUCCACGUCAACGAUACUAGCAUACUCCUCCUCAAGCACUGUAGCUCACUCACCUGCCUUGACGUGAUUCUUGGAGGUCGAAAGGUAUGCAAGGAUGACGUGGACAUGAUAAAAAGUAGUGUACCACACCUCGCUCAUGUCACAUCUCUGACCGUUAAUGUUUCUGAUGUGUUCGAGCGGCAUGACUUUGGUGCUGGCGUGGCAAGCCUCCUCACCCGAUUCAAAAAUCUUAGACACCUCAGCCUCCAUUUACCCUUGUUUGUUAGCCUGUUAUAUGAUUAUGAUCCACGUGAAGCAUUAGAUCAAUGUGAUCACCCAGACCAUUGGGCAUCCCAUGAGAUUUCCAUGACUGACCUACAGGAAGUAGAGCUUACCGGAUUGACAGGAACUGAUUGUGAACUCUGGUUCAUGAAAGCCGUGCUAACAAGUGCCGGAGGACUACGUAAAGUGGCUGCAACUUUCAACCCCAAGUGUAAGCAACCUGAGCGCAAGAUGGAUGCAUUUGAGAGUAUGCUACUUGAUCAAGGAAUGUGGACUUCCCACCGCGAGGCAUUUACACUUAUUAAUACGAGCAUGAACUUGUAA